CUCGUUCACUAAAUUCUACUGGGUUCAUAAUUACAAAGAUGAAGUCCUCAAUCUUGAUUUUAUCUUCGCUCGCUUGCCUCUGGGAUGUUGCUUCUGCUCAAGCUCCACCUCCAAGUACUAAAGGUGUUUGCUACACACAAAGAGGAUUCUUUCCUCCUAAGACUGUGAAGACGAUCAACAGGGUUGCAACCAACAAUGUGCAAUUAAUUGAAACCACUACAUACACUCCUUCCGUGACAGUUCAAGCUCCACCAGUGACCGUCACAACGACAGUAACAGAGCCAUCAACCUAUACACUCUCUCAAAUCACAAACACCUACACAGCAACUGAAUACACAGGAACAAUCGUCACAAUCUCCUCAGCAAUAGCAACAAGUACUCAGGUGGACACAUCUAUCACAACCUCGACAACUAGUGUCUCUGUAACCGAGAUUCCCACAGCCGAUGGGUUCAAGCCCGUGCAAUCCACUCUCCCCGGAUCAGCUCAAAAGAAGCGAGACACCGCACCAAUUUCCCGAAUCAGGCGAACCAUGUCCUCGCCACUUGAGAAGCGGACUUUCUCCAUUUGUCCUGCGCUGCCAAAGAAGAAUCUUAAAACUCCAGCAAAGUUGACAUUCUUACAUCCAAUCUCCGUCACAUGCUACAAAGUAGUGACGGUGUAUACUGUCAGAUACGUGACUAGAACGGCGAGGAUACCGGCAACUGUUACUCUUCCACCGGGAGUCGUGACUAGCGGUGUUACGUCUUAUGAGACUAUCACUACUACUGUUCCAAAUGCCUCGACGACUACUACUGUCUAUAUCAGCUCAGAUGGUACGACGACUACAUACUAUACUGCUUCCACAACUACCACAACGACCGUAACGGCAACCGAAACCCGGGCACUCUCCACAUCAUACGCUGCCUGUCGAGCAGACAACAUCGCCGGCGGGGUAAACAAUGAAGGAAUCUGGGAAGUACACAUCAGCAGCGGCAGUGCCGAUCCCGCCAAUGUCCCGUACACCAACGCCGGCACCGCCAUCGAGUGCUGCACAUCUUGUUUCGAAAAUGCAGACUGCGCGAGUUAUGUGUAUCAGGAGAUUGCGCCGAAGGGCCAGCAAUGCUUGAUUGUGCUAUUAAAUCCAGGAACAUGUAAAGCGCCGGGAAGUUAUGGAUUGGGUGUUAACACCGGUGGCGGAUACAAACCUGGUGAGGGAUAUACGGUGGGUAAUGGGUAUUGUGGAGUUGUUACUGGGGUAAAUGAUGCUUGAGGGGAGAGGAGAAAGGAGGGGAGGGAGAGAAAAAAGUGAGGUUGAAGUAUUGGUAAUGAUUAAUUCAGGAUCC